AUGUUUAGCAUUGGUGAGGUCCAAGCUCAUAGAAAACUUUUGGCUCCAUCAUUUCCUGGUUUUGGAAACAUUCCUACCUUUCAAGCUCCCCCAGGGAUCGACUGGCCUGAGUACAGGUUGCCUUCAUUCCUGAGACCUAAUUACCCUCCAAUUCCCUCAGGCUUCUACCGUUACACUCCACCUGCCACCACAACCGCAACCACAACCCAAACUUCUUCCAAGCCUUGA